AGUGUUUGGAGGUAAAAAAAUGUAAAUUUUGGUUCAGAUUGAAGAUGGCUGUGUGCCUCUGGGAACACAUUUAUUAGGCCGAUCUAUCUAUUUAAGAACAAAAUGAUAUUGAAACACGCCAAUUAAUUGUUUCUAAUGAAAGGAGAGUUCAUCCGCAGCAGUCAUCAGUGACGCUGUAUACAGAGCAGUUGUAUAAUCCACUGACAGGCCAACACUUUCAAAAGACGAGAGACUCGCGCUUUUAUCAGUUUUCUUUCAUUAUUGUUAUAAGAUGGCAGCCAUCAGGGAUAGACGUGCCAAUGCUGGCAACAAGAUGGGACGUAUGUUAGAAGCUGAGGAAGAAGAUGAUUUCUAUAAGACAACUUAUGGUGGCUUUGAUGAGGAAGAGGGUGAUCAAGUGUAUAAUUCGGAAGAUUCUGAAUCCGAUCAGAUCGACUCCGACUUUAGCAUUGAUGAAAAUGACGAGGUCCGCAGCGAUGUUGAUGAUGAUGAUGCCCCCAAAAAACGCAAAGGAGUAUCAACUAAAGCCUACAAGGAACCUGUCAAAAAACCUAAAACCGAAGAGAAGAAACCAAAAGAGAAGAAAGAGAAAAAGAAAAAGACUGCAUCAUCUGUUCAGAUCUAUCACACACCUCUAGAGAAGAAAUCUUUACGGAAAUCAACAGCAAUCAAAUCCAAUGCUCGAGAGGAACGUGAAAAGGUACGAGAGAUGAAACAGAAAAUGUUGAAGGAUAUAGCAACACAGAAGAAGGUGGCAGAGGUGAGGAGGCUGACACAAGAGGAACUACUGGCCGAGGCAGAGAUUACAGAGGAGCUCAACUUAAAGUCUUUAGAGAAUUACCAGCGUAUGGAGAUGGAGAAGAAGAAGAGUCGUGUUUCUAAGCAGAUACACCGUGGCCCUCUGAUUCGUUACCAGUCCUUCACAAUGCCCCUGAUAGAGGAAUUACCAUGUGAUGUGGAGAUUAGUGUAGAUGUUGACAGUAUUGAACCCCAGAAAAAGGUAGAAGAGUAUGACCUUGUGAAUGGUGAAAAGUGCUCGAGGACAUUUGUAACAUUUACAGAUGAAAGGAUAUUCAAGGACUACUUUCCACAGAAGAAACACAAACCACCUGUAAAGCAGUACUGCCCAGUGACUAAAAAGUCAGCUAAAUACUUUGAUCCCAUCACACAGACACCAUACUCCUCUCUGAAGGCCUUCCAGUGUAUCAGAGAGGCUUACGCCCAGCAGCAGGAGGAAGCAGGGCAUAAGAAGAAGUGACAUUAUGUACCUGGAUAUAUCUCAUGCUUGUGUUGAGAGAAUGUUGAUGAGAAAUGAAAGUGUAAUUUUGCAGGUAUAUAGGCUUUGAAGCUGUUUAUGAAAGUCAUAACUAUAUUUUCAAUGAAGCAAGAAUUAUUUAACUUGCAUUUGCUAAAUAUGUCAGAUUUAAAGAAAUUUUAGACAAAAUCUUUGAUUGAUUCAUCUGAAAAUAAAUUUUGCAUUCAUCAGUGAUAGCCAUGCACUGUUUUUUAUCAGAAGUUAUUACAAGCAAACGUAAAAUGUUGAUACAGUAAAAAGCUGAUUAAGUGUAUUGUUGAUAUGCUAUGAAAUAUGCUUAAAAUCCCCUUUAUCAUGUCAGCAUAUAUGUAUUGUAAAUAGUGCAGACAACAUGCCUGUCAUUCCUGUUUCUAUCAUUUCCAUUUUGAUGUGAUGAUAUCCGCAAGUUCAUUAAACAUUUUUUAGGGGACAAAGGAUUCUACUCAAACAAUGUUACCUAAUAAUGUUCUUGCUCUACUAAGAGUAUAUUGUUAUUAGUUAUCAUAAAUAUUCAUACACCUGUUCAUAUCCAUUACCUUUAGUACAAGCUUGUGUACUAAGCACUUGGGGUGAAAAAAUGAGGUCACUGUUACUAUAAAUAGAACUUUGACGUCUUUGCUCUAACAAUUUCAUUUUUCAGCCAAUUAUUGUUCAGUUUUAAAUACUUGUAUAAUGUUUGAUGAUAAAACUAGAAAGACAUUAUUAUUUAUCAUGUUAAGGCAUUAUAAAUGAUAAAGAUUAGUACCAAAUGUUGUACAUGAUUUGUAGAAGUGUGAGUGGGUACAAGGACAUUUGAGUAUCUGUGAGAGGUAGAAUCUGUCACUUUAUAUCUACAUGUAUGAGUGACUGUGAUUUUGAUACACAGUUAUAUCAUGGUUACUAAAAAUAAACUACUGAUUAUACAAUA